GGGCAUGGCCCUGCGUUGGGGAGCAGUGAAUGCGCCCUGGUAUACCACGGAUGGGCAGAGGGCUGAGGAUCCCGUGCUCAAGAUGAAUCCAGCCAAGAAAUGAAGCCAGUGGGGGGCUCACAGGAUCAGGACCCUGCUCACACACCAGGAGGGCCUUCUGCAUCUCAUCCUGGGGCCCCUUUCCAACCUUUGAGGUUGCCUCCUGGUGGAGCUUAACAGGCCGAGGCAGCUUCCUGAUCAGCCUGUGGUUGCUCCAGCCAGGUAGACAGACACAUUCCAAGCUCCAGGGUGGCAGAGAAGCUGGGCAGGGAGUUCCUACAGGGAGCGGCAGCCCAGGCUUGGGCAGGCAAGUGCUGAAGGGUGGCUCCGCCUUCCGCAGAAAGCCAGAGGCCAAGGAGAUGGAAGAACAGGUGUUCAAGGGGGACCCGGACACCCCUCACUCCAUCUCCUUCUCCGGCAGUGGAUUCCUCUCCUUCUACCAGGCAGGGGCCGUGGACGCCCUGCGGGACCUGGCCCCCCGGAUGCUGGAAACAGCCCACCGCUUUGCAGGGACAUCGGCUGGUGCUGUGAUCGCCGCCCUGGCCAUCUGCGGGAUUGAAAUGGAUGAGUACCUCAGAGUCCUCAACGUGGGUGUGGCCGAGGUGAAGAAAUCCUUCCUGGGGCCCUUGUCCCCGUCCUGUAAGAUGGUGCAGAUGAUGAGGCAGUUUCUGUACCGGGUCCUGCCCGAGGACUCCUACAAGGUCACCACGGGGAAGCUCCAUGUGAGCCUCACCCGCUUAACGGACGGAGAGAAUGUGGUGGUUUCAGAGUUCACGUCCAAGGAGGAGCUCAUUGAGGCCCUAUACUGCAGCUGCUUCGUCCCUGUGUACUGUGGCCUCAUCCCCCCGACUUACCGCGGUGUGAGGUACAUCGACGGGGGCUUCACGGGCAUGCAGCCCUGUGCCUUCUGGACCGAUGCCAUCACCAUCUCCACCUUCAGUGGGCAGCAGGACAUCUGUCCCCGGGACUGCCCGGCCAUCUUCCACGACUUUCGCAUGUUCAACUGCUCCUUCCAGUUCUCCCUGGAGAACAUCGCCAGGAUGACCCACGCAUUGUUCCCCCCGGACCUGGUGAUCCUGCACGAUUACUACUACCGAGGGUACGAUGAUGCAGUUUUGUACUUGAGGCGGCUGAAUGCUGUUUAUCUUAAUUCUCCCUCCAAGAGAGUGAUAUUCCCCCGGGUAGAAGUGUACUGCCAGAUAGAACUCGCCCUUGGCAAUGAGUGCCCUGAACGCAGUCAACCAAGCCUUCGAGCAUGGCAGGCCAGUCCGGAAGGAGCCACGCAACCUCACACGGAGUGGGUUCCCAAAGGGGAUGGAAGGGGCGGCCAUGGUCCGCCUGUGUCCCAACCUGUGCAGACACUUGAAUUCACAUGCGAGUCACCUGUUUCAGCACCAGUCUCUCCACUUGAACUGCCACCUGCACAGCCACUGGCCUCUUCAACGCCACUUCCUCCAACUGGCAUGCCACCUGUAUCAUUCCCAGCUGUGCAGAAGCCACCCAGCUCCACACCUGGCUCAUCACUGCCCACCCCACCACCUGGACUGUCACCUCUGUCACCUCAGCAGCAGGUACAACCGUCUGGAUCACCAGCCAGAUCCCCACACUCUCAGGCACCCACUUCACCCAGGCCACCCCUGGGGCCUUCAACUGUGGGGGCACCUCAAACACCACCCCGAAGUUCUCUUUCAGCCUUCCCUGCUCAGCCACCUGUGGAGGAACUAGGCCAAGAACAGCCCCAAGCUGUAGCUCCUCUUGUCUCUUCAAAUCCAAAAAGCGCUGUGCCUCUGGUUCAUGUGAAGGAAACCAUCAGCAAGCCUUACGUAAUGGAGAGCCCUGCUGAAGACUCAAACUGGGUGAAUAAGGUCUUCAAGAAGAACAAGCAAAAGACAAGUGGCACCGGAAAAGGCUUCCCAAGACAUCUGGGAUCCAAAAAACCAAGCGGCAAAGUCCAGUCUGCUCCCUGCCCACUCAACUUCCCUCUGCUCUCCACUUCUGAGACAGUUUGGGUCACCUACAGACCUCAUCCCAGCCGGAUCCAGGAACGCUGCCCUGAAGUGUGGAAUUCCUUAGGAUGACCUUGGAAGGCAGAUACUGCCUAUCCUGUUCUGGGAUGCUGUGGUGACUCCUGGGUCUCAUUGAUCCAGCUCCUUUUAUUCUCCCACCUUUCCCUUCCUGGUCACAGUCAAGGUCAACACUAGCCCAGGCAGUACCUUGUGUACUAAGAAAAUAGCACCCCUUCCUGGAGAACAUGACUACCAGCCGCUGGAAAAUUGUCAUAAUAUACUCAGUUUGUUAGAGCAAGACACUUGACUGACAACUGCUAGAAAACUACAAAGAACAUGCACAGACAUGCAUAAGUCUACGAAUUGCCUACCCCUUUUAUAUGGCACGGUACCCUUGUAUAGUGUAAAAUCUGCACAACUGUACUCAGCCAUCCGGAGACUACUUCAGCCCUAUCCUCUUCCUAAAAAAAAAGUAUCAGUUGAACUUUCAUACAUUGAAUGAUGUUUCAAACACCCUUUUAUCACCUCCCACUGGAGAUUACAUUUGCAAGCUUGCAAAAGACCCUUGUGUAAUGAAAUGAACCCCCUAACUGGCUUUUGGUGUAGCUUGAGAUUUCCAAUUUCCAUGCAUUGGCUAUAAAAGGCCUGGCUACUUGCUCAGGGCUGCCCAAGGUGUAUGAACCUGUAAGGGUGAUCCUCGGUGGAACUAGGGUUAGGGAAGUCCUAGAUGGGGGAUUUCCUAGGAAGCUAUGAGCCGAGAGAGAGAACUGGAGCUGGAACGGGAGAGAACCUGAGGACCCUGAGGCCAAGCCUGCUUCUCACUGCUGUCCGGCACACUCCCCUGACUCUGGGCCUUUUGGAGGACCAGGGGCAACACCUAUUGUCAGUCCCGAUGGUGCACAAGAUCUGUUUCCCUUCCAGGGUGAGCAUCUCAGCUUCCUGCGAUCCUUUCAACCCUUCCACUACCCUACUCUGGACAGACUGAUGGAUGCCAGCACUGAUUGGCGCUCAUGGACCCUCCUCUCAACCUUGGCCUAAGCUUGCCUCUUUGAGAUGAGCCAGAUCAUUUCUAGUCUCCCCAGGAUCCUGUCCAAGGGCAAAACUCUUGGAGGUUCAGCAAGACUGAGCCAACGACAGACUCCCUCUUUCCUGUAGUGGCAGGAGCCCAAGUUCUGUUGUUUGGUUUUUAAUUCUUACAGUGUACUAACGGCUUGGCCUGAGCUGGUCACUGGAAUCGCUGGCUGAAGUUGGUCAGGCAGCCCAGGCAUUGAGAGCUUUAGAGCUCCCCCGGGAUUCUGUGGUGCUGUGGUGUUGAGACAGGCUGCCCUGGAGUCCUGGGUGGCUGUAGAGGAAGAAGGAGGCCAGAUGUCCCUCCCCUGCAGCCAACACAAAUGAGGGCUCUCUGUCUACUGUUCACACCUCAGUGAAAAUGUUCCAGAGGAAGACAAAGUCAGCCUCAAUUUUUCCGGCCUGUCCAGAAAAGAAUUGCCCCCCUCCUCCCCAGAGAGCAGACAACCUCCAGGCCCCGCCAGGCCCAGCAAUGAAGCCCCAGCUGCCCACAGGCCUCAGGUACAUUUGCUUACCAAAUCCUGAAAUGCAAAACCCAGAAUGAAUGGGUGGAGGACGAUACUAAACUGGCCUUUGGAGCCUGAGGAGGCCAUAUGCAAAUUAAAGCCUGGUGGGGCUGGGGAUUUAGGGGGUUGGGGCUUGGCUGCGGCAACAGACCCCACUUAACAGCCAUUUCAGGGAAGAAAAUGUACUUUUGAGACCCUGAAAAUGGUCAAAGUCCCAGGGGUCUUGCAUUCUCUGCCUACUCUGGUUGAUCUGUGGCCAGACCAGUCAAAGGAAGCAGCUGGAGGUGUGCACUGGGGGGUGACUGACUAGAGAGGCCCGCCUGGCCGCAGGCCUUUCUUCCAGGAGUGGCCUCCAUGUUUGCAGAAGCCUGAGGCCUGGGAAACUAGGGGGAGGAGAGUGUCCUCUCUUGCACAGCCCAGGAAUGCUUGUUCCCUGGGACCCAAAGAAGACUCGAACUUAAUCAUAAUUAUUGUUUUAAUUCAAAGUCUGUAUUUAGAGCCUAGAUGCUCUUAAUGUCAAUUAUGUUAAAGUAUUAAUACAUCCACUUGCAUAUUUCCCUUCA